GACCCUUUUCAUGUUCACUAUUCAAUAAUUAUAGUCAUGGCACACCGUAUUCAUAACAAUAUAUCCGUUAAUAUUCGGGCAUUAUAAUAUAUUAUAUACCCGGCUCCCCGCUGAUAGCUGCAAUUGUGAGGUGCUAAUAAUGUCUGUAAGCAAGACAGAUAUUACUUGUUAUUGACUGGGUGAAUGCGGAGCAAAGCGAUUGCCUUGCGAAGGAGGACUGUCAAUCGAUCAAUAAGCGGAGAGCCUUGGAUGUUAAACCUCAACCACGGGAUGUUCCAUAGCUAUCUCUAUUUUUAAUUAAUAAACGAGACUGGGUGAAUGUAUAAUAUAGCCCACGCAACUCAGUGAGUGUUGGACAUAUGGAAUUCCCAUGUAUCACUGUGAACAGUAUUGAUGAUUGGUGUCGACUCUUGUCGAUGCGUUGUUUUGACUGUUAAAAAGUGUGUUCACAACAGCUACCACAAGGACUUACGGUUUUAAGUUACAAUUAUUAUUGGGAUUAGUGGCGUGAUUUUUCACAACCAAGAUGAUAUAGUUCAAAUCUGAAGCACUUACCUUUCUACUUAAUUGAUGACUAUACUGAGCAUGCCUGCUGAACCACUGUUUGCCAAGAGCUAUAUGCGUGUAAAUACACCAAAACAUCAAGAUUACAAUAAAUCAACAUGUAGACAUUGAAACCCUCGAUGGACAAGGACCACUCUGAACUUACUGAAGAUCUAGGCGAAAAAUUAGUUACCACGCCAUUCACGAUGUAAUAAGAUUUCAUGGUGGUAUCUCGAUCGAAAAGUGAUUUGCUAUUAUUCUGUAAGAACCAUAGUGAACGAAACCAAGCAUGAUGCGAAACGGUCCGAGCAGUGACAAGGUGGAGCUUCUUGGGGAUACCUCGAUCAACCACCGAUUAGACCCUGCAGUCGAGUUACCCAACCAGAUACCCGUCACUUCAGAAAUUCCCAAGUCCUCUGCGAUAUGCAACGCAACCGUGAAAUGGAAGUCUCGAAUAUCGACGACCCAGGCCCCAGACAGGAAUCUGCUGGACGCGCCGCCAUCGCCUGCAAAACGAGCAGCAGGAGCGGUAGAUCAUCCAGAGACCAGAGAGAAGAAUCCGGAGGUGGUUAUCACCGCUGUCGGCUCCGAGUCCAGUGUUCAUACCGGAAGUGGGUUGAUGAAGAAUGACAAGCCAACGGAUGUUGACAACCUCAGCCAGAACUCGGUCUGGACCAGGCAAUCUAGGAAUGGAUCCAUCCAGGGUUCGGGUUCGAGGCCAAGCUCAAGGAACUCACUUGCAUCAGGUCGAGUGGCAUCUGCUUUUAUCGCCAUGGGGACGGGGGCAUCGUUCACUGAAUUGCCUAAAGGUGGAACGGGUGAUAGUCAGCAGCAGGUGUCUCGGGUCAACACUGUGGACAAUCCCCUCCUAGCUGCUAUUCCGUAUCUACCAGUCAAACUGGCUUGGAUCCUUCUUUUAUUCAACAUUCUUGUGCCAGGUUUAGGUACAAUACUGGCAGGUAUUAGUAUGCUAUGCUGUGGAACCCGGCAACAGAACAACAAACAAGAUGAUGAAAUAGGUCUGUGCUGUACGAAUAUCUUCGUGGGCGUGUCACAGCUUUUCACCGUAACAUUCCUUUUGAUUGGCUGGAUAUGGAGCAUCACGUGGGGAGUCUACAUGGUAGUCUUUGCAAAGGAGCAUAAAAGCUUGAUUGACCAGGAAAGAAGAUUGAAGCGAGUUCAGACGGCAGCUAAGGCAUUCAAAGCUGGACGUUCUAUCCCUGGAUCCUACUAGAAAAUUGGAUCAACCGUCAGACCGCUUCUGAAGAUCUCCCGUGAGAAGGUUCUGCCCCAGGAUGCUACAAAAGAACUUGCCCGAUUGCCCGGGGCAAGUAAAAGUUAGAAUCGGGCAAGUGUUUCGAAGUGAAGACCAAAACUACUUGCCCGAAUUGAGCAAGCAAAAUUCUUACAGUAGAAUGACCAAAUUUCGGGUCGAUGAUAU